GAAUAUGAUCUGGUAGUUACACCGUUUCCGGUUAUCACACGUGUUUUGUCAGUGUUAGUUUUGAUUUCCCAUCAUGGGGCGAAAACUUAAAAAGAAACAAAUUAAAGAAGAAGAAAAAGAUUCGAAACCAGUAAUCGAUGUUGAAGACAUGUAUGAUGGUGAAGAACUCACCAUGGAGGAGGAAAGUUCUGAAGCACGGAAACUAAUUCAGGAACAAAACCGCAAAAAGAAGAAAUCUGGUGGUUUCCAAAGCAUGGGUCUGUCCCAGCCUGUCUUCAAAGGGAUCUUACACAAAGGAUACAAAAUCCCAACACCAAUACAGAGGAAAACCAUUCCUCUUUUGCUUGCUGGUAAAGACAUAGUAGCAAUGGCCCGUACUGGAAGCGGCAAGACAGCAGCCUUUCUGAUACCCAUGUUUGAACAGUUGAAGGCACACUCGGCCAAGGCUGGUGCCCGAGCCCUUAUCAUGUCACCAACCAGGGAACUUGCUAUGCAGACUUUGCGCUUUACAAAAGAGCUGGGCAAACACAUUGGUUUGAGCGCUGCAGUCAUUCUUGGUGGUGAUCGGAUGGAAGAUCAGUUUUCUGCCAUGCAUUCAUUACCCGACAUAAUCAUUGCAACUCCUGGCCGAUUCCUCCACGUAGUCAUGGAAAUGAAGCUGAAGCUGUCAUCCCUACAAUAUGUUGUCUUUGAUGAAGCCGACAGGCUGUUUGAAAUGGGAUUCAAAGAACAGUUAGAUGAGAUUCUUCGACGUCUCCCAGAAUCUAGACAAACCCUCUUAUUCUCAGCCACACUGCCAAAGCAAAUGGUCGAAUUUGCUAAGGCCGGUCUAAAUAACCCAACUCUAGUGCGAUUAGAUGUUGACAAUAAACUGAGUGACCAGCUGAAGACUGCUUACUUCUAUUGCCGUUCUGUUGAAAAACCGUCUUUGCUGUUGUAUCUUUUGAAAUCGGUUGUGAAACCUUUUGAACAAACCGUUGUGUUUGCUGCCACCAAACACCAUGUGGAACUACUGUCAAUGCUUUUGAACUCAGCCGACAUCAAGAAUACAUUCGUCUACAGUUCUCUUGAUGCUUCUGCUCGUAAAAUCAACAUUGCCAAAUUCCAGCACAAACGAGUCAACGUCUUAAUAGUUACUGAUUUGGCAGCAAGAGGCAUCGAUGUCCCUCUCUUGGACAACGUCAUUAAUUACAACUUCCCGGGCAAGCCAAAACUUUUCAUACACAGAGUGGGUCGAGUCGCACGUGCUGGUAGAAGUGGCACUGCCUAUUCUAUUGUGUGUUCCGAAGAAAUCCCUUACCUUAUAGAUCUCCAUAUAUUUCUUGGUCGACCGUUUCAGUAUGUUCCAGUUGAGGGAAAGAAGAAAGCAGAGGAGACAUCAGAUAAGGACGGUUUACUUGGCUCGGUACCAAGUUCCCUGAUCGAUGUCUGGCAGGACACACUAUCGCGGUGGCACACAGAAAACAUCGAUAUUCAAAAUAUGACGCAAGUCUGUGAAAAAGCCUACAAGCAGUAUGUCAAGACACGACCACCACCGGCUGGAGAGUCUGUGAAGAGAAUGAAAGAACUUGAUAAUGGAGCACUCAAUAUUGGGAUCCAUCCUAUUUUCUGUGAACAUAUAUCCAAAAAUGACCUGAAACGUGCAGAUUUUAUGAAUGCCUUACAUAAGUAUAAAGCCAAUUUGACGGUGUUUGAAAUUUGUGCCAACAACAAAAGUACGAAACAGCUGGAGAUGAUGAAAGAGAAGAGGAGACACCACGAUCGUACAAUCAAGCGGACCAUCACCAAGAAGGAAGACAAGAUCGCCGAAGAAGAGAUGAUGAAGGCGGAUGCUAAUCCAGAAAGUUCUGUAACAGCUGCUAAUGAUGCUGUUGAUGAAGCUAACAUUGAGGAUGUUUUCAGCUCUGUAGUUGUGUCAAAACCAUCAAAGAAGGCUUUUGUGAAAAAGAUGAAGAAUGCAAAAUCUGCAAAGUCAGUGAAAGAUGAAGAGAACUAUGUUCGAUAUUGUCCUGCUGAUUAUAACAGUGAGAAGUCCCUUAACAUUGAAAACAACUUUCAAAACGAGGCCACAGCAUGUGGGUUUGAGGUUACUGGAGACGAAGUGAAUCAAAUGCAGAAGAUGCAGUAUAAAAUGAAAUGGGAUCGGAAAAAGAAGAAGUUUUUAUCAAAGAAUGCUGUCCUGAGCAAGGAACCAAAGAAAGUAAGGACUGAGAGUGGAGCCUUAAUUCCAGCAUCAUACAAAUCCAACUUUUAUGAACAGUGGAAGAAGCACAACAAGAUAGAAGAACAAGAAGAUGAUGAUGAUGAUAAUGAUGGUGGUGGAAUCAUUCCAGCCAAAAUGGAAACGGAAUCUGCCACUGCUGAAGAGAAACACAUAAAGGUGUUUGGUUUAAACAAAAGACGAAUGGGCAAACCUGAUGAAGACGCUCCAAAUGCUUUAGGCAAUAAGAAACGGAGAUUCAAAAAUAAAGAGCGGAAGAAUGCUCAGCAGAUCCUGAAGAGUCGCCGAGUAAAGGCACAGAAACGGUCGUACCAGAAGUACCGGCAAGGAGAGAAUUUGAAACGCAAGAAGAAAAACAAAAAAAAUUCAAAAUAAUAGUAAAAAAUUUAAUAAAAGAAAUAAAUAAAA